AUGUCUAAGAGAAAAGAGGAGGGUUUCCCCCAGGCUACGAGUCACAAAAGAGCGCGGCCGAGGCCCGAGGGGGACUCGGAUGAGGACCUGGAGAGGGUCUUCUUUGAGGGCGUGUCUCACCAGACCGUCGUAACACAUGACAAUGUUUCAUCUUUUCAAAAUGCUGCGUCUUUUCAACAUGUUGCGCCGCCACCUGCAAAUGUUGCUCCUCAGUGGACCUCGGAGGAGGUCGGGGUCAUUGAAAGCAUCCAUGUGGAGAAUUUUAUGGGCUAUUCCUCCCUUGGGCCAGUGUAUUUUGGACCUAAUGUCAAUUUUGUGGUGGGACGCAGUGGGAAGAAUGCAUUGUUAACAGCUCUGAUAAUUGGGCUCGGUGGCAAAUCCUUGGGAACGCCUUUGAAAGACUUGGUGAAAGCUGGAGAGGUUUCAGCUCGCAUCUCAGUCUCGUUAAAGAACAAAGGGGAUGAUGCUUUCAAACCCGAGUUUUACGGGCACUCCAUAAUCCUACUGCACCACAUCGGGGUAGAUGGGAGCACAAGCUGUGAACUCAGAAAUCGGGCAGGACGCUUGGUUUCUGUUCAGAAGGAAGAGCUCCUGGCCAUUCUUGAGCAUUUUAAGAUUCGGGUAGAUAAUCCAAUGUCGGUUUUACCCCACGAGAUGGGCAGGCAGUUGUUGCGGAUCAGAAAUGAAAGCGAUAGAUACAAAUUGUUUCUGAAAGUGACUGAGCUUGAGCACAUGAGAGAAGAGUGUAAGAAAAUUUUGGAGAGAAAGGCCAGAAGCCUGCACGAGAUAGAACAAGGGCAAGAGCAACUUGACCUUCUCAGGCGGCAGGGCCUAGAGAUAGAAGAGCAUUUCAAGACUAUGGUUGCCUUAGGGAAGAAAUUAGAGGACUUGAGACAUGAGAAGACUUGGGCCCUGGUGAAUGAAACCGAAAGAACCAUUGCUAAUAUGAUAAAUAACAUAAACGUGGAAGACCAGCACACCAUGAUUUUAAAUCACGACCUGGAGGUUUCCAGAGUCACAUACAAUGAAACCUUACAGAGGUACAUAGCCAUUCAUGAGAAUGUGCUUAAGUUAAAUGAAGAAGCUGCCCUAUUAGAGCCCAAAUGCCUUGAGGCAAAAGAAGAUGCUAAGAGGAGGGACAGGGCUUAUCGCCAAGCUACAGCUUUCUAUAAUUACUCCCAGAAUGAAUUGAUCAAAUUAGACAAAGUGGCCGAAGAGCUUCAUGCCAAAAUUGUACAAGUGAAAAAGAAUCUGGAGCUGGCAGAGUUGGAAAAACAGAAAAAGAUUUCUGUGUUAAAGGAAAAGAUAAAUAACUUUAAGGAGCAAGAAGAUUCGCUCGUUCAGGAAAUAAAAUAUCUUCAUCAGUCCAUAGAAAAAGAUGAUGAAGAAUAUUCUAGGAUCAGGGAAGAAGAGUCCUAUGUGCAGGAAAUGCUGAAUGAGGAGCAACAGCAGCUAAACCAUUUGAGAGACUAUAAAUCUGACCCACUGAAACGAUUUGGACCCCAGAUUCCAGCCCUUAUCGAGGCAAUAGAUGAGGCCCAUAAGCAAGGGUACUUUGCCUUCAAACCCAUAGGCCCCCUGGGAGCUUGCAUAAGGGUUCGUGACCCAGAAUUUGCUUUGGCUAUUGAGUCUUGCCUAAAGGGCCUUCUCCUUGACUUUUUUUGUGACAACCACAAAGAUGAGCAAAUCCUUCAGGAGCUGAUUAAAAGGUUCUAUCCAGUGGGCCCUACCCGACCCCAGGUAAUUGUGUCACCCUUUGCGUGUGAGUUGUACGAUGUAACAGAGAGAGCAGCUUCUCACCCAGAAUUUCCAACUGUUCUCGCAGCUUUAGAAAUAAAUGAUGCCGUGGUGGCCAAUACUUUGAUUGACCUGAGGGGCAUAGAGCAAGUGCUCCUUGUUAAAAGUAGUUCUUUCGGUAAUUCCGUGAUGCAUGUUCAGGCCCCCCCCAAGAACUGUAGCAAAAUUGUGAGUGCUUGUGGUGACCGAGUUUUUGAGGUGCGCUAUUACUCCUGUGAAGAUCUGAGACCUAUUUACUUAGGGGACAUGGAAAUCGAAAUAAAUCAUCUGCAGAAAGAAGUGGAAAGCAAAAUGGCUCAGCUGUCGGCAUUUCAACAGCUUGUGUAUUCACUUCAAAAUGACAUCAGGAAGAAUCGAGACACCAUUGACACUCAUUACCGACAUUUAAGAGACAUCAAGGUUAAAGUAAUAAGCAUCACUUCAGAAAUACGAGAUCUCGAGGAUGAAGAGGAAAACCAGUCCAUAGAUCUCUCAAUCCUGGAAGAUGAAGCUCAAGAAAUUAAAGUUGAGAUGAAGCAAGUUGAGGAGAAGAUAAGACUUCGAAGGGAAGAGAUGGAGAACUUAAGGCAACCAAAAAUAGAGGCCGAACAGAGACACGAAGAGUUCAAGAUGAAAUGCAGUCAGGUCUCAGCAUUAGUUGAAUCCCUGAUGGAAGAGCGAAACCAGACCGGUUUAGAAGUGAAUGCUCAACACCAGUCUCUGAUGCAUUAUCAAAGCAGACUCAAACAUCACCUAGAUGCCGUCCAGGUGAUCAAGGAAGAGCUGGUGAUCAAAGAGAGAGAACUCGAGAGGGAAAUAGCCAAGGCAAGCUACAUCUGUCCCCAGCGUAUAGAAGUUACCAGAGCUCCUGAUGUUCUGGACCGAGAAAUUGAUAUGUUAACCCAGAGGAUCCAGUCAGAAAACUUCACUCACAGAAGCCAGGAAGAAAUCAAGUUGCAGUACCACCAGGCAAAAGAAAGAUAUCUGGAUCUGAGUGGCAAAGUGAGUAAUAUGAAAAACCUUAUCGAGACACUGGAUGAAAUAUUGCUACAGAGAUAUGAUACCUACCAGAAAAGCAGAAAAAACCUUUCUCUGCAGUGCAAGUUGUUCUUUGACAGCUUACUAUCUCAAUGGUCCUUCUCUGGGGAGUUGCGCUUUAAUCACAGGAGCGAGACCCUUUCUAUCAAGGUCCAACCUUGCGGUGACAUGCCAGCCUUAGCAGCAGGUAGGCAGGCCUUCUCAAACUUUUUGUUCUUUCUCACUCUGUGGUCUGUCACGGAGUCUCCCUUCAGAUGCCUGGAUACAUUUGACAUCUACAUGGACAGGAAGAGCCGAAAAGUCUCCAUGGACAUGCUCCUCAAGAUAUCCAACUCCUACCAGAACCACCAGAUCAUCCUGCUCUCUCCACAGAACAUGAGCCCUCUUCCCCUGAGUCCACUCAUUGAAGUAUUCGAAAUGCCUGACCCUGACCUUGGAAGGGAGAAGAUGAUCUUCCCUUUUGCCACAGGCAAUCCCGAAAAACGACAUUGA